AGAACAAUUUAGUCAACGACGAUUCCUUCGUAUUUGUUUGGUAUGUAGCGCCCUCCGUCCCGGUAAUGUUUGAUCAGUGGCUCAUGGCUGCGAUCGCGGCUCCCCCUUCUGUCUCUCAGGGCUCCUGAAAUGCUGUUCUUCCGCACGUCCAGUACUGUUGUGGUCUGGCGGAAUUCACAAGCGUCUCCGCGACGGUGUUUAUUUGAUGUAAGACACAACCCAAGUGUUCAAUGCGUUUGAAUUACAUAUGUCUGGCAUCUCUUUUUACGAAAAGAAUUGGCAUGUUUGCAAAGCUCAGGCACGAGAGCUCCGAGCUCGAGUCAAAUUCACCUUGAGCCUUUUUCCCCCUUGUGACUGCUUCGUAGAUACGCGAGUGUGCGGAAAGCGGUGGUCGCUCGUCAACAAGCAGAUUGUCACCGAUGACAGCAGACACAGUUUCGUUGGCUUGAGUGUGCUGACUUGGGAAUUUCAGUGUCCGUGGGCGUGUUUGUGUGGUAAAUACUGGGCGGCUGUCCAAUCAUAAAGCUGGAGGUAAAACGCCUUAAAACGGUGGGUUUAGCCAUCGCAUACGCGUCGCGGUGAGACACACCUACGUAGGAAGGAAGAAACCGUCGGCAAGUUGCUAAUCCUGAAACCUAAACUCCUGUAAGUGACAUGACGGCCACAAAUCAAUAUUCUCAAAUUGACGGCACACAUGGUCUGGGACUGGCUUCUCUUCGUUCAAGUCAGGUAUGACUAGCUGACAGUGAAAGUGCCGAUGGAGGGAUUAACUGGAAGCGAAGCGGGCUAUGUGGGUACGGUUGCGCUGGUUGACCGACCAAACACAGACCAGGCUUUGUAUUUAGCAGUGGCGGGAAACGGACAGACAGUUAAGGAACUCGUUGGCUGCGACUCGUCAACGGCUUCGACAGUAACAGUAGCGAAGCAGCGUCAGGAGAACGGCGCUAGAGGUAAUGACGCCCAGGCAUUGGCCGAGGGUUCACUCGGUCUUGUGGAACGUGGGUCUAGGGACUCAGAGGUAAAGGAUAAAAGUCCCGUUGACACCUGGACUGAGGACGGAUUUUCCGCUGAUAGCAAGGCUCUGGCGUCGCAACCGUCACGGGCUCUUAUUGACCAUACUCAGCAACUCUGCGUACGUGCCGAGCCUUUUCUCGAAGUGUGCGCUGCAACCGCAAGGUGGCAGGCAGCGAGACUCAUCGCAGCCAAUUUAUGUUCCUUAGCCACACAGCCGAGGCCCGGAAAAUUUGAUUUGCCCAUCAUCCUUACGGGGGAGUACGUCGAUUCCGACUGCCAGGCCGCCGGUACUUCGGCCAACAGAUUGAUACAGUGCUGUUCUUUUGUAUGUUAUGUACCAUUGCAUGACGGUAGACAGAUCUAUAUCCAGUUUGACAAGCGCCUACUACGACCAACAUUGUGCAAGCGUAUCCGAUCAGCCCCUAUCGAGGAUAGAGGGAUAGCGUCGAGGCGCACGUAGGACGCGCUUCCAGUACUGCCGUCCGAGACUGAAACGAUGGACACAGUUGACAUGCCGUGUCCCUUGGCACCACGCAUGGAUUUCCAACCCGCCAUUGUCUCUCUCCCGGAGCCUCGGGAAGACGAAAUGCUUCCUGAGUCUAUGACGGCCCGACAGCUGCCUCAGAAGUUGCGAGGAUGCGAGCAAGGGACAUCAAGUGAAGGCGCGUUUGAGCUGAGAUGUAACUUUUCCCGGGGCAUGUCUGCCCGACUCAAACAGGUGUUAAGGGCGAUCCGGUCUGGUGAAACCAGAUAGCGGAUUUCGCCCCUUUGCCACGGCGGCAGGUGUGAUUCUGUGUCAAGGAAGUCGGGUCCCAAAAGAGUUCAGUGGCCUUUGCCCGGGCUCGAGACCCAUAUUAUUUCGUGGUAUAUCUCAAUUCCCUCUGUAACCUAGCAUGUUCGUGCGGCGACCCAGUCUUGUUCACGGCGUUCAGUAGCGUGCUCAUGUUUCCUAUUCCGUUGUACAAUUCCUUAGUGCGAGGAACGUUGCAGUGCAAAGCUUAGGGGACCGAGAGGAGACAACGGACAGUAUUUUAAUCGUUACGUGCUCCCGGUGUUGACAACACCCCUGGCGUGUACAGCGAGCGUGUAGAGAUCAAAACAACCGCAAUGUUUGACGACUUUGAGACAGGGGUCUAGCAGAGGAUGCAGUGUUUUUUAUCCACCCUUAGGCGGGGAAGAAGUUCAGGUGAGUAUGGUUCUCAUGCGCAGCGAUUUGGGCUGAUGAUAACGAUCACUGGUUCUUAAGCGUGGUUCCUGCCCGUCGGCUUUAGUACAGGUAGCACGGCCCCACGGCCGAACCGAAGGCAUGCCUAGUCGUCAUUAAACCCGUAGAACCAAACACAUUUCUAAAUGCCUCACACGAGAACGGACGUCACAGUAACGAUGAUGUGUAGGCGCGUUUGUUCCUCUGAUACGCAUGGGGGAGACAGCUGCUGUCAAAGUCCGGUACCCACAAAGUAGCGAGAUCCUGAGGUGGACAAGACGAGUGGGGCAGAAGGCGCACAGGAUGCGCACACUGAGCACCUGUUUGAGCGUUACAGUGCCCGGACAGAAAAUGGCUCCUUCCCAAGCUAAGAGAAAGCUUGAGUCAACAAACGGCUUCUAAAGGGAAACUGACGAGCUGUUGAUUCGGCAGUGUUCACGCUUAGCAGGUCACAUGAGGGGCAGACCAUCAGCCAGAGAAAAAUGAGUCUGCCUUCCAAUGAAGUGUGUUUCUACAAGCGUGUCCAUUCCGUUGAGGGUUAACCGGUGGCAAAGUCCAGGUUGGAGGGUGGCCGCCCCCCCGGUGUCGCUUUUGCAGCUGGAGACUCAAAUGCAACUUGGUCCGCACGAAACAAGGGGUAUUUCGUACUUCUUUUGUACCGCGGGAGCUUUCUGUCGAGAAGAUUCUGUUUCGUUUUGGCGGUGGGUCCCGCACACGCGGCUGUGGCGUUGCUCCAAACUGAGUUCCCCGAUUAACGUUCCGGCACUGCACGUUUUGCUUUGCUAAAGAGAAAAGAACGCAAUCUUGCAAGUGUGCCGGGAAAAACAUGGAUUCGUCCACCAGCAAAGGUUCCACUCUGUACGCGUAAGCAAAACGAUACUCUUGUGCUGUCCCUUCUAAGUGGACAUGGACGUGGUUUGUAGAAUCGGUUUCGGUGUGCGCAAAGCCCCAGCAACUUCACC